CGAACAUUCUCCGGCGACGACGGCCAUCUUCUCUCCCAUCUUCCGCCCACCUUUUCUAGAACAAAAUGCUCCGCCCUCAACCAGCCUACAACCUCCUAGAAAUCAACCUGAUCUCCGCCCACGACCUCCCUCCCGUAUCCAAAACGCUGCGCUCGUACGUCGUCGUGUGGCUAGAUCCCGGCCGCAAGCUAACGACGAGGAUCGACCACGACGGCCGCACGAAUCCCACGUGGAAUUAUCGGCUCGUCUUCCGCCUCGACGACCGGAUGCUUGGUUCCGGCGCCGUCAAUUUCGAGAUCUAUAACGUCGCGUGGCUGCGCGACACUCCGAUCGGCACGGCCACGCUCGCGUUGAACAGCUUCUUCCCGCCGCUCUCGGCCAACAAUUCCGCCGUGCGACAUGCCGCCCUGCCGGUUCGCCGCCCGACCGGGCAUUUGCGAGGAACCCUAAACGUUACGAUCCGAUUGCAAGAAGGCGGCUGCGAUGGGAGGGCAGAACCGUCCAAGCCCGAUAAUUUUGAAGAUGUAGACGAAGGCGAAAGCAAAAGCGUUUUCAAUGGUGUUCCAGAGAGAUCCAAAAUCUGUGGAGAAACGGAGGAGAUAAAUAAAACGCCGGAGAAUCCGCCCGAUUGCGACCAUGGAAACCUAAAGCGGACAAAGAGCGUCCGGAUCGUGUCCGAUAAAGAGGACGACGAGAUCGUGAAAAACGGCCGCCCAUCUUUCAGCGCCUCCUACGUCUCCGGCAUGCACCCCUUGCCGUCGGAGGUGGCGGCGGACUUGAUGAAAGGUUAUUUUUCCGGCGGGGAAGAGGAGGAGUACGGGAGCUCCAUAUUCGAGAACUGGUCCCUCCCGGGAGUGACCACGACACCGAACAAGGAUUGUUACACGGAGGGAGCGAAGAGGGACGAAGAUGAUGUGGCGUUGAUCCCGGUGGCCGGAAAAGGUCACAGCCGGUCGGGGUCGUGGGGGGAUAAAACAGGAUUGUCGUCGAACCAUCACCGCCGGCACCAUCAUCGCCGGAGCCGCUCCGGUGGUGGGGGAUUGUUGUCGUGUUUCGGAAAUGCGUACGGGGUCGAGUUCAGGCUCAUCUGUGGGUCCGACCCGACGACCAAUGAGAAAAAGAUUAAAAAAACAAAAGAUGAAUCUUUUCUUCGAAAGUCCCUCAAAACUGCGCAGAAGAAGGAAAAAGAGCAGAAAGAGAUUACGAAAAAUGCAGGGACUUGUGAUCAAAAUCCUCUAUUCAUUGAGUCUAAUGCCACCCCUGUGAAGAGCCGAGCAACUGCUCAAGUGGAUGAAGAUGAUUAUAUUGGUGGUGAUAAUGAUGAGUUAAAUGAGGACGAGUUCUUUAUUCGGAGGGACGAUCCUUCUUUUGAUACGUCUUUUGGUAAUGAGGUAGACGCGACAUUGGAUGGUGGCUUUGAAGAUGGGUCGGAUUUGGCCAUCGGACUUGAGUUUGCUGACAAAAGAGAGUUGAAGAAGAAGAUGGCUGAUGUUUCCAUACAAGGACAUUUUGAAACAAAGACUGUGAAGAGCGACAAGAAGAGUCGAAUUUAUCAAAUUGAUUGUGUAAAAUAUUGGUAAUUUUUUAAUAUGGAAUACACUGACUAAUAUUUGAAUUUUGAAUGGAACGAAGAGACUUUUACACUCUAAUUAACAAUUAAUACAUGAAUGAAGAUAUGUGUGAACG